AUGAACAUCACGGUCCCUCUUUCUUCAUUGAGGGCCCUCGCCCGCCUACAAUCACAAUAUCUCAGAACUCCCCUCCAAUCCACACAUCUUUCACGAAACCUAUCCUCCACUUCAAUCCUCACCAGCCGCGAAAACAACAACAACGAUAACUAUGAUGAUCCCCACCUAGCAGCAACCACAAGGGCACCCAAGGACGCCUCAGCCUCAGCCAACGAAGGCCGCUUCGCACGCACAGAUGAAAAUGUCCAAAUUUCAUAUCCAAGCGAUAGCGAAAUGCCCGCACAGCCAGUCGUACAGGGACGCGGAGGAAUGCAUUUCAAGCGCACACUGGCUUCGUUUUCGCUCGAGAAUAAAGUUAGUCUUGUUACUGGUGGGGCGAGGGGGUUAGGCCUUGUUAUGGCGCAGGGACUUGUUGCGUCGGGGUCUGAUUUGGCCAUUGUUGAUUUGAAUAGGACCGAAGCGAAGGAACAAGCAGAGAAGUUAAUUGAGCAGUUUUGCAAAGAGAAUCCGGGGAUUGAACAAAUGCCAAACAUAACAGCCCACUACGCCGACGUCUCAGACCCCUCCUCGGUAAACACCGCUCUCUCCGAAAUCCUCACAAAACACACCCGAAUCGACAACCUCGUCACAUCAGCCGGAUUCACCGAGAACUUCGACGCAAUAAGUUACCCAUUCGAUCGCAUGAAGAAACUCUGGGGCGUCAAUGUAGACGGCACAUACCUUUUCGCUACCGGUGUUGCUAAGCAUCUCAUGGAGCGGAAGGCACCAGGGAGUAUUGUGAUGAUUGGCUCUAUGUCCGGUGCUAUUGUUAAUGUGCCGCAGCCUCAGGCGCCGUAUAAUGCUUCGAAGGCUGCUGUGAGGCAUUUGGCUGCUUCUUUGGCUGUUGAGUGGGCUGGGUAUGGGAUACGGGUUAAUUGUAUUAGUCCGGGGUACAUGUUGACGGCUUUGACUCGGAAGAUUCUUGAUGAGAAUCCCCAACUUAAGGAGAAGUGGAUUUCGUUGAUUCCUGUUGGGAAGAUGGGGGUGCCGGAGGAUUUGAUGGGAGCUGUGACCUUUUUACUUAGUGAUGCGUCGAAGUAUGUUACUGGUGCUGAACUUCGGGUGGAUGGGGGUUAUACUGUGACUUGA